UCAAUGCCUAUAUAUACUUCGUACUUUCCAUUACGUACCAUACGACCUUUGUUUCUCUCUUUCUCAUAAUUCCAUUUAAACUUUCAGAUUAGCUCGUUAUUGAUAAAAGCAGAUUGACCAACUUCUUGUGAUUAAUCAUUAAUCAUCAAAAACGUCGAAUGGCACGAUCACCUUGUUGCGAGAAGAACGGACUCAAGAAAGGGCCAUGGACUUCAGAGGAAGACCAGAAGCUAAUUGAGUAUAUCCAGAAACAUGGAUAUGGUAACUGGAGAACCUUCCCUAAAAAAGCUGGUUUGCAUAGAUGUGGAAAAAGUUGUCGAUUAAGGUGGACUAACUAUCUCCGACCAGAUAUAAAACGAGGAAGAUUCUCCUUCGAAGAAGAAGAAACAAUUAUUAAACUUCAUAGUUUUUUAGGAAACAAAUGGUCUGCAAUUGCGGCGCGUUUGCCUGGAAGAACUGAUAACGAGAUCAAAAACUUUUGGAACACACAUACAAGAAAGAAGUUACUAAGAAUGGGGAUCGAUCCAGUGACUCACAGUCUUCGACUUAAUCUCCUCGACAUCUCAACCAUCUUAGCAUCAUCUCAAUACAAUUCCUCUUCGCAUCACGUGAACAUGUCAACACUCAUGAUGGAUUCUCAUCGUCAGCAGCAACAAUAUCCAUUGGUUAACCCCGAAAUACUCAAGCUCGCUACUUCUCUCUUCUCCCAAAACCAAAACCAAAAUCAAGUGGUGGAUCAUGACCCAAGCACCCACGUAAACCAAACAGGAGUAAACCAAUACCAAAUCAACCAUCAAGAACUCCAGUCUUACUUGCCGCCAUUCCCCAAUGAAGCUCAGUUUAAUGACAUGGACCAACAGUUCAAUGGUUUCGGAGAACAUACUCUCGUUUCGAAUACGUCGGUCCAAGAUUGCAAUAUUCCAACGUUUAACGUUUAUGAAAGCUCUGGUUUUGUGCUAGAUCCUUUUUAUUCAGAUCAGACUUUCAACUUCGCUACCUCAGUCUUGAAUACACCAUCCUCGAGCCCCACUAUGUUAAACUCAUGCUCCACAACUUACAUCAACAGUAGUAGUGACAAUAUUGAAGAUGAAAAGGAACACCAUUGCAAUAAUCUUAUGAAGUUUGAUAUUUCCGACUUCUUGGACGUUAAUGGUGUUAUCAUAUAAAUUCAAGAAAUAAAAAUCAUUGUUGGAUAGUCUUUGUUUUACUUUUUGUAAAAUUAAGAUUUGUUUUAUGUCUAUUUGCAUUUGUUUUUACAUGUAAAAUACCAUUCGUUUUCUUGUUGUACUUAUGUUUUAGAGGUUAUUUACUACUAUUUUCAAUAAUGGAGUUUCCAUUAUUUAUUUCCACUUUAUAUU